AUGUCUCUCGCAGCAGCCUGCACCUCAGGCACUUUCGCGCCCACCCUAUUUGGUGCCGAAAUCCUAUCUGUUCAAGCCUCUCUCGUGACGAAUUACAACCAAUUCGUCGACGGGACGUACAGGCGGACGCAGCCAUCAAUCGACGUCAAGGAUGCUUCGUUUUGCAACAUUACUGUGACCUACACCCAUCCCGGCCAGAACGACAACAUCAUAGUCGAGGCAUGGCUUCCCGUCGAUAACUGGAACCAGCGCUUCCAGGCCGUCGGCGGCGGCGGAUGGAACACCGGGAGAACGACGGGCGUGUACUAUGCCAUGGCUGGUGCUAUCGGUGAUGGCUAUGCCACCAUUACCACCGAUGCUGGCUUGGGAACCUAUAGCGACCCCAGCCCCUGGAUCCUGCUCAGUCCUGGAAACGUCAACAUGUACUAUCUCCAGAAUUUUGCGACGUCAAGCCUGGGUGAUGAGGCCAUCCUUGGAAAAGCCCUGAUCAAGGACUUCUACGGAGAAGGUCCCUUGUACUCGUACUGGAACGGGUGCUCUACCGGGGGUAGACAGGGCUUGACGUUGGCACAGCGGUACCCGGACGCAUACGACGGGAUCGCCGCCGGUGCGCCAGUCAUCUACUGGACCAGGGUGGGAAUGUCCAACAUCUGGCCGCAGCAGUACAUGAACAUGGAAAACUUUUACCCGUACGGCUGCGAGCUCGAAGCCAUCACGGCUGCGGCAGUAACGGCCUGCGACGGGCUCGACGGCGUCGUCGACGGCCUCAUCUCGGACCCGGACACCUGCGUCGCGAGCUUCGACCCGACCAGCCUCGUCGGCAGCACCAUCGACAACUGCACCCAAACUGGGGGUCCCAUCACGAUCAGCGAAGGCGCUGCGAAGCUCGCUAGCGCGCUCUGGGACGGCUCGAGGACCGUGGCGGGUGACAAGAUCUGGUUCGGUCUCAGCAUCGGGUCUGACCUCACCAUGAUGGCCUCUACCAAUUGCUCCACGGGUACCUGUGUCGGAAACCCUGGCAAAUACGGCUGGGAUUUGUUCCGUUACUUCGUCGCCAAGGAUCCCAAGUGGGAGUCUGACAACAUCAGCCACGAGACGUACGAGGCCAUGGGCCAUUCCGCGUUCCAGCAGUGGCAGUCGGCUAUGGACUUUGAUGACCCCGAUAUUUCUGGAUUCCACAAUGCGGGCGGGAAACUGAUCACGUACCACGGCAUGGCGGAUAAUCUCAUCCCGGCACAAGGAACCGAUCACUACUACCAGCUUGUGUCCGAUCUGUUCCCAGACGUCGACGACUUUUACCGCCAUUUCCCCAUCCCUGGUCUUGGCCACUGCUCCGGAGGCAGGGGAGGUCAGCCCUCGGGGAUGUUUGCGCAACUCCGCGCUUGGGUGGAAAACGGGACCGCCCCGGAACACUCGUCGAUGAAGUUCACCGCGCUUGAUGGCACGAACCAGACUCGCAUCCUCUGCCCUUUCCCGAAGAAGCCAUUUUACAACGGCCACUGCGGGAACUCGUCGGACUCUACCUGCUGGACGUGUGUGAAGCGAGGUGAAGGAUCGACUUCCCCGACUUCCAAGAACCUCUGGCACCUAUGA